AUGGCGAGCGUGGUGGUGAAGACAAUCUGGCAGUCCAAAGAGAUCCAUGAGGCUGGGGACCCCCCUGCAGGGGUCGAGAGCCGCUCCCAGCUGGUCCCCGAGGCUCCUGGGGGGGUGACCACCCCGGCCAAGGGGAUCACAAAGAAAAAGAAGGCCGUGUCGUUCCACGGGGUGGAGCCUCGGAUGUCCCACGAGCCAAUGCACUGGUGCCUGAACCUCAAACGGUCCUCAGCCUGCACCAAUGUGUCACUGCUCAACCUGGCUGCCAUGGAGCCCACGGACUCCUCAGGGACAGACUCAACUACGGAAGACAGUGGCCUGCUUGCCCAGCCGGUGCCCCCUGCCUCCCCCACCCCACCCUGGGCUUCAGAUGACCCAGACAUCACGGAAAUACUGAGUGGGGUCAACAGUGGAUUGGUCCGUGCCAAAGACUCCAUCACCAGCUUGAAGGAAAAGACCACCAGGGUUAACCAGCAUGUGCAGACGCUGCAGAGUGAGUGUUCUGUGCUGAGUGAGAAUCUAGAAAGAAGGCGACAAGAAGCGGAAGAACUAGAAGGGUACUGUAGUCAACUCAAGGAGAACUGCCGGAAGGUGACCUGGUCGGUGCAAGAUGCUGAAAUAAAAACCAACGUCCUGAAGCAGAACUCUGCCCUGCUGGAGGAGAAGCUGCGUUACCUCCAGCGGCAACUGCAGGAUGAGACCCCGCGGAGGCAGGAGGCCGAGCUGCGAGAGCUGGAGCAGAAGCUGGACGCUGGCCUCUCUCGGCAUGGCCUGGGCCCCACCAACCAGUCCCCUGGCUGCUCUGGCCCUCCAGGGAGCCCCGACGAACCCCCACGACCGCGCAGCAUGGCCCCAGGCGGCUGGGGUAUGGGGCCCCGGGCAGGGGAGGGCCCCAUCAUAAGCGAGCAGGAGAUACAGAAGGUCUCCGUUGGCCUUGAGGAGCUGAGGAGGGAGGUGUCCUCGCUGACUGCCCGCUGGCAUCAGGAGGAGGGAGCGGUGCAGGAGGCCCUGCGGCUGCUCGGGGGCCUGGGCGGCAGGCUCGACGGCUUCCUGGGCCAGUGGGAGCGGGCGCAGCGUGAGCAGGCGCAGGCGGCGCGGGGCCUGCAGGAGCUGCGGGGCCGGGCGGACGAGCUGUGCACCAUGGUGGAGCGAUCAGCAGUGUCUGUGGCUUCACUGAGGAGCGACCUGGAGGGACUGGGCCCAGUGAAACCUAUUCUGGAGGAGCUGGGGCGGCAAUUUCAGAGCUCUCGAAGAGGGUCUGACCUCUCCAUGAACCUGGAUCGGCCGCCCCAAGGCUCCUGUGCCCGCUAUGCCAGCCAGGGGUCACAGCUGUCCACAGAGUCCCUGCAGCAGCUGCUGGAGCGCGCACUGACCCCACUAGUGGACGAGGUGAAGCAGAGAGGCCUGGCUCCCGCCUGCCCCAGCUGCCAGAGGCUACACAAGAAGAUUCUGGAGCUGGAGCGCCAGGCCUUGGCCAAACACGUCAGGGCAGAGGCCCUGAGCUCCACCCUUCGGCUGGCCCAAGACGAAGCCUUGCGGGCCAAGAACCUGCUGCUGACGGACAAGAUGAAGCCGGAGGAGAAGGUGGCCACUCUGGACUAUCUACACUUGAAGAUGUGCUCCCUCCACGAUCAACUCAGCAACCUGCCACUUGAGGGGUCCACGGGGACAAUGGGGGGAGGAAGUAGUGGGGGGAUUCCCCCAAAAUGUGGGGGCCCAACCCCUGAACAAUAAAUGGCCUCUC